GCUGUUACGUUGACAACCAAGGAAGCCUUUAGUUUAAGUUUUGCCUGGCCCUCCGUCCGAUAUGAUAUUCAAGUAUGAAAUGAUUCAGACGAUGUGAUCAACAUUUUAUUAUCAAAUAGAUCCUUGUCCCUAGAUUGGCUUUGUGUGUGCCAAGGUAUGCUGGCUUGAAAAUGGGCAAUUCAGAUUCUAUUCUCACACCAGAAAAGCUUGAAGAUAUUGAAGAGCAGUCACAUUUUGACGAGAGGGAGAUCAAAUUUCUGCUGAAGACUUAUGCCAAACUGGAUCCCUCCCCCAAUGGCGAGGAUGGCAUCCCCGUGGAAUCUUUUCUCUCCCUCUACAUCUUUGCUGGCAAUGAGCUAGCAAGGAGAGUGGCUAUGAAGCAUGCCACUGGACCAGACCGUACCAUUCAACCAGAGGGGUUUCUCAUGUCUUUGUCAGUGUUGUGCAAGAAAGCAGAUUAUCGUGAGAAAAGCAAAGCCCUUUUUGAUGCGCUGGACGUAAACAAAGAGGGACUUCUCGGAUUUGAGCAGCUCUUCAGUCUAUACAAAGGCAUGUUUACCCCUGCAUUGAUGGAUGACCAGAUAACAGAGGCUGUGAUUGGUGCAUUGCAGAAGGUCAGAGGUGAACAUCCUGGCACUAUAUCAUACCAAGAAUUUCUAAGGAUGGUAUCACCAUCAGAGCUGAAGAGGAAGAUGACGAUUGAUAUUCCUCUACCAACCUGAACAAAGUUAUGUUGCAUAUAGCUUCUUGGUAUGAAAAUCAUAGCGACAACUGCUUCUCAUGUGCUGCUGCUGCUUUUGAUGAUUAUGAUUGUGAUGAUGAAAUAUCACUGAAGGUGAUUAAUACCCCCGCCCCAUGCCAUUACCAUGGUUAUGCAGUUUGCAACACAUUCAGAAUACAAAUCUUGCAUGUCUUUACUCGGAGACGAAUAUUUGUCCCAACUUCCAUGAGCACCGGCUUUGAACUGGGAAGUACACCUUUACCUUGUUAUUGCAACGCUCUUUGUGGGUGAUCCGUGUGUUUACUCCAGCGAUUAUUGAUCCUGCUCUAAUUCUGCUGAAGAUUUAUGAAUAAGGUUAGGAUUGUGAUGGGGUUUAUGAUAAGGUUUUGGACAGUGAUGGUGAUGGUUUGUACCUGAUCACUAAGGAAACAUGAUUGCUAGAAAGCAAAGAUCCAGAGGACAAAAGGAUUAACAUCCUCUUCAAGGUACCUGGUGAUGAUGAUAAAUGCUUUUACCUUUUAGCUCACCAAGUGGGAAUUCAAUUAGGGCCAUCGUUAUGAGGCAACCUCAGAAAACUGGUUCAGAAUAAUGUUGGGGUUGAGGUUAAGGUUUAUGUGCAGAUUUUUCAUAAAGAAUAGUCCUUGCCAGAGGAUUUAUUGUGAAAUAUUUGCAUGAACAUAUGAGUCAGUUGAAUUGUUGUUCUUGUAGACUGCAUUUCACUAACCUAUCAUAUCUAAUUUAAUUUCAUUUAAUUUUGUUUCAUUCUGUUUCACAUCUAUGUGCAAGCAAAAGACAUUGUACAUAAUAAGUGUUGCAUGAAUCAAUUGAACGAAAAACUACCGUCUAGUACCUAGUGGUGCUGGUUGCAUAAUAUUACUGAUUAAUCUUGACAACUCUGGUUUUUGCCAUUGACUUUAACACAGGAAGAAAAAAAAACUCUUGCAAAAUAUGAUCUGAGUUUCUCUGGUAAAAAGUUUAAUGCAACUGAGGCCAUGUAGCUGACCAUGUCUAAUGCCAUAGAAAAUGGGUGAUUUUUAGUCCAGUGUUGGUGUUGGUGUUUGAAGUAGAGUUUGGAUUGCAUUUCCUUGCUCCUAAACCUAUUCACAAUCCAGAUCACAAAAAUGACAUCUCAACACCCAGUGAGUGACUUUUUGUUGGGACCAUCUUAGUUCAUUAUGUUUGGUGCUAUGCUCCUGAAUGAUUUAAAAUCAAAAGCUUGGUUUUUACUUGCACUCGGCAUAGCAUGUUUUAAUGUAAAUUGCUAUGUCUAUCCAUCACCACUUCUGAACUUCAUGACACUCCUUCCAGUGGCUCACUUUAUUCAUCAUCCCAGUAUAGCUAACUGUAUGAGCUGUCAAAGGGAUUGCUACAUCAAGUAUCAAGUAAAAAUUGACUAAACUCCCAACACCAAAAGGGUAACACUGAACUUAAAUCACCCAUAGUCUUGUCUACAUCUCAUAUUGAUAAUUUUGGUGUUAUUCUUGUUUGAUUUUCACUUUUUAUUGAAAUCAACUCAAUGGAAGGUAUGCCACCUUCAGCAGGGUUUAUUUUAGAAUGGGUACCAUGCAUAAGUAAUUACCGACGCAUGGCCAGCCCUGCAUCCGGUAAAUUUGCCAUGCGUCCAGUAAUUACUUAUGCAUGGUUGUAAAAAAAAAUUGAAUUUUCGCCAAAAAUUCCACUAUUUCUCUAAAACAAAUGAUACACAGGUUUGUUUGUGCAUUGGAAGGACUAGUGAGCAUAGGCGGCGGAAGCGGGGGGGACAGGUCCCCCCCCCUAAAUUUGAGGUGGGGGGACGGUCCCCCCCUAAGUUUUUAGUUUUUGCUUGUCAAAUUUUUUACCUGUGUCCAUCACUAAAUUUCAGGUGGACCCCCCUAAUUCUUUUUUGCUUCCGCCGCCAAUGCUAGUGAGCAUGCAGUAACUAUGAAACCUAGUCUGUUUAAACAGUUCCAUAUAAUUACCUUAUGCUCACAAAACCUACCGAUGGACUCACAUGUGUGCAUCGUUUGUAUACUAAAACACUAUUCAAACAGAGUGACCAGCUCAAUGAGAUUGAAACCAGCCAUUGUAAAGGCCUCCACGCCCCGUAUCACUGUUAGUCCAGGAUAGGCCCCAUAGACAAGGGGUCGAACCUUGUUUUUUUAGAUACUGUAUAAGCUGUAAUUUUCGCGGGGGUUUUAUUUUCGCGGAUUUCGCGAAUUGCCGAUCGGCCGCGAAUUUAACAACACGCGAAAAUAUUGAC